AUAAGAUAGUUCGGAAGAUGGUUUAUCUAAUUGUGAUCCGGCACAUACACAUAAAUACACUUGUUCUAAAUUCAAUAUUCGACACUUACCUGUUAUAUUAAAUGUAGCAAAGGAAUCUCUGUUGUUCAGAAAAUAAAUAAAAUUUCUUCAAACAAAAGAAGCCAAAACGUAAUUGUAAACUUGUAAAACGGACGUAGGGUCAGGUAAUCACUUCAUGCAGAUGUACGCAUCUCAUUUUUCUUUUGGUAGGUCGAAUUGCUAAAUAGAAGUAAUGUUAAUGUGUGGGUCGUAAGUAAUUCACAUACCUUUUCAGAUUCAAUGAUUAGGAAUGAGCUGUAAAAUGAAUUGAAAGCUUAGGUACAAGUUCAAUUUCGUAAAAACUUAUGGGGUCAACUUGAACGUUUAACUCAAAACAUUUCCAUCGUUCAGUGUUCGCCUUUGGGUUCACCAAAGGCCAAUUGACAUCUCUCACCACCUGGUUGCUACAACUCCUUACACAUGCUUCUUUAUAUAUCAUACUAAUACAUAGAAAUGUAUCCAGCUCCAUAUAUCUUGUAUGCAUAUACUGUACGUACUACGUACAUACAGUAUCGUAAUGUAUAUCUAUUGUGAUUUUUUUUUUUGCAGAUACAUUAUGGAUUUUAAGUCCAUAUAUAAUUCCUCUAUUUCAUAAUCUUUUCAUGAUUUUAUAACCGCCACUACUUAUAUGACAAACUACAACCAGGAUAAGUAUCAAGGUGAUAAAUUGUUUUGGUAAACAAUGUAUAGUCUAACUGUCUAAGUAUUUACGUUAGAGGAGUAUCAAAAUGAGUUAACUCACUCAACUCAGUUCAGUUCAUGUUGAGUUCAGAUAUUUCAUGAGCUAACGCAGCUCAGCUCAUUUAUUAUAUGAAUUUCACUAUGUAAACUCGAACUCAGUUCAUCUAGAUCAUGAAUUAAAUGAGUUAACUCGCGAUCAAAUAUGAAAAUAAAAAAUUAUAAAAAUAAUUAUAAAAUAAAUUAGAAAAAUAAUAUUUUUCAUAAUAUAAUUUAACAUUAAUCCAAAAACAAUAAAUUAAAUCAAAGCUAAAUCAGUGAUCUGGAAAUCUAUUCCACAUAAGAGUCUUGAGAUGACUCAUGUUUAAAAUCUUCAUCAAUUCAAAUCAUAAAGAUAUAUAUUCUAUAUGAGAGUCUUAGGAAUAUUUUGUUUUAGAUUUUAGUUCUAAAGAUACAUGAUAUGAGGAUUGAUAUCAAUAUUUUUUAAAAAAAUUGUAUAUAUUUAUAACCUUUUGGGUUUACAUUUUAAUUUUAGAAGAUAAAUACAAUUAAUAUAGAAACUAUCUUUUCUUACAUAAGAAAAAUAGAAGUCAUCUAUAUAUAAACAUAGAAAGUAUAAAAGCGACCAAACUCAUGAAUUAGCUAAUGAUCAUUAAAGAAUGUUCAUAUAACUCGUAAUCUAAUUUAAGCUAGAUUAUUAAGUUUGUUUAUUAAUGAGCCUAAAAACAUAGAUCAUGCUCAUAAAAAAUUGAGUUGAGCUGAGCCAGCUCAUGAACUAUAACUCAUUUUGACACUCCUAAGUCGUUAGUUUUAAGCGAGAGAAAACUGAUGAGUUACGUAAAGUAGAUAAAUGUAGACAUGCAUUAUUGUCAGCUGACUUCAAAAUGAAAGUAUCAAAGUUUGAGAGUUUUUAACUCAAAAUAUAUUACUGAUAAGUGAAUUAGAAUGCAUCAUAAUAUAUUAUUUUGUGGUUUAUUUACUUAAUCUGUAUAAUUAGAAUAGAUAGGUUUAAAUCAUAUAUAUACAUUUCUUAUAUAUUUUUUAUGUUAGAUCACAUCUGAUUUCGUAUUUUGAAUUCCUAAACAUAAAAUACAUAGAUUUAACAUAUAUAUAUAUAUAUAUAUAUAUAGAACAUCAUCAAUGAUUCCAAAUGAAAAUUUAAUUAAUCCAAACGUGAAAACCUGACUCCAGAUGGACGAGCCAACAAUUUCAUAAUUUCAAAGAAAGAAGCCCUUUUAAAAUUCUACAGUAUAUCAUAAAACUAUAAGAUCUAUUACUCAAAUGUAUUUUUUUUUUGUCAACUGCCAAUUUAAACUAGAACAAGUGUUGGCCAGACGCACUAAUUCUCCGAGGAGCACCUCUUUCUAUUCGUGUCUGAUCUAUAUGGGAGAAAGUAUAGCCUCUAAUUCUUACUUCUCCUCUCGCUAACGCGUCCGUCCGACCAUUACUACUCCGAAAAAUAUGAUUCAAUGAUAGGAAUAAAACAAUUUUAAAUUAUAACUGUUAUUUUAUAAUGUGAGAGUUUUUGUUCUUUUUUUUAUCAAGAACGUGGAAGUGAUAAUGUGAGAAUUUUCAGGGAUUUAGUUAUUUGGAUUUUAGGAUCUAACAUUAUUUUUGUCGGUAUUUUUUUUUUUAAACAAAUGCUAGAUGUCAGAUUUUACUUCCAUAUGUGAUUUAUGUUUUAGUAUAUAAAAAAUAUUAUAUUUAAAAUAAACAUAAAUUGCAUGGAAAUUUUUAAAAAUACGCUCUUUGUAUUAUAAAUCUUUUCUUUAAUCCAAAUAACAUUUUAUAUGAAAUAUAAGGUAACCUAGUAAGUGCCAGAUCACGAGAACGUCAAAUUUAUAAAUUUGGUGACUCUUCAGCUACAAUCUUAUAAAUUUGUCAGUUCUUGAAUUGGCUACACUUCCUGUGAUUUGUAUUAUAAGUAUGCUUUCCAAUGUGUGAUACAUUAUACAUACUAUGGAGAGAGCGGAACAUGGUGAAACCCAAUGCUGUCGCAAGUUUUAGAGAAAACCGUUGAUAAAAACAUCAGAAACAAGUUAAGUCUUAUAAAAGCUAAAAGGGAGGGAAACUAAACGGCAUCUUACCGUAUUGGUUUGGGAGGAGAGAGUAGAAGAUAGUUUCUUGAUUAAUUUCAUAAAACACUUAUGCAUUUGAUGUACUGAUUUUUCUGCGAAUAUAAUCUAACAUUCAUUAAAAAAAACUAUAGUUCCAUUUCGUGAAACUUCCUUCGUGAAGACCACCAAUUAGUCUGCCCAUGGUAUGUAAUAUCCAUAAACCCGAAUCAAUCAUGCGCUCUAACACACCUAGGCUAACACUAAUCAACACUCCAAACAUCUAUUCGAUUAAAUCAUCAGUCACUCUCAUACUUCUAUUGUCUAACAUACAUACACAACUAUGCACAAAACAACUUAUAGAUCUACAAGUCUCGCCUCACCUUUGUUUUUUUAUUGUAGUUGAAGCAUACGAAAUGGUUGGUGAUCCAAAAUCAGAUAGUGGAUCAGAAAGUAGUCUGUAAAUCUGACAGUAAAAUUUUCCCAAUUAUAUAUAUUUAUAUAUAGACUGGCUUCUGAUCAUUUUUCUGGAUUUGACAAGAUAUGCCUCAGAAAUUAGAUAUUCACGUACGGAUUCUACUUAUGAGUUAGGAUUAAAAAAUCUUAUGAUCCUUGUGAGUUUUUAUAAUCCAAAAUUUAUCCAAUUCAUCGUCUAUUUUUUUUUCCUUUCAACCCAAAUUUUAUUUGUUUUUAUUUUUUAGGCCAACUUCUUCUCCAGCAUAAUUUCGAUUAAGAAAUAAUAUAGUUCAAAGAUUCUAAAGUCAAAAAUUUAUUAUAUUGUUUUCUUUGCAAAUGAAGGCUAGGAUUUGAAUUAAAAGAUAGUCUUGGUUUUGGGAUGUUACACAGGGUUUACCUACAAAUUAAUUACGAAAAAAGUAGUCUUGUGGAAAUCAUUACCAGAAUUAGCAAUUUGGCAUGAUUACAAAAAGAUUAUGAAAUCAAACAAAAUUUAGGGUUACCACCAAAUGGAAGCCUCUUUCUUUCUCUUAAAUUAUUAAAUUUUCAGACAAUGAAAUGCAAGAGUCCACUUAACUGAAAGGCUAAUUCUCUCUGACGGUACAUCAUGCGGGUCAUCUGAACAAUGCUAGAUCUAGAUCCACUCGUUCAAGUAUUAUCCUUUUAACUAAGUAGUGGUAAUCUAGUGGUAAAAGCUAAUUUGGAGGACAGCUUAAGUCUAUUUGUUUUUGUUUAAUUUUCUAUUGGAAAAAGUUACUUUUACUUGGUCAGUCUAGGUUUGUGUUUCCACCUUAAACAAUUUACAUAUUAGCCUAGUGACAAACGAUCUAGUUACCCAUUGAUGUUAUCCAAAAACAUUUUCAACUCGGAUAAGGCAUUGUGAUAUUCACUCCAUUCUUUAGUACUAAUUGUGUUAUUUACAGAACUGGUCAAAUAACCGAUAAAGUCUAUAAGAAUUGUACUAUCUUCCAACUGAAACAUAUAUGACCAUCUGUUAUGUGCGUUUCCAGCGGAUUAUUCAUCUUUGAUGAUAGCUUUUUUUGGAAGAAUUGUGAUGUGUAAAUGUUCAAAAAGGUGUUGUGUAACUCAAUCCUCAAAUUCUCAUUGUAAAACAAUUUGUUUUGAGUAAUAUUAACCAGAAAGAAUAUUUUUAAAAAAUGUAAGAAAAAAUUAUUUUACUACAAUAAUUUAUGUUGGAUCUACUGCGAAUACAUUAGCCAACAUAAUUAAGAUAGACAGAAUAUUAUCAAAUGAUCUAUGCGAAUUAAAUUUGGGGGUUGGGAAAAAUGAUUUGUGUGAGUGGUUAUCUAUGACUUCAGUCUAUUAAAAACAUUGUUUAGAAAUGAAUAAAAUAAAAUCAACACAAUAAUGGAGCAAGGUUCUCUCCAAAGCAUGACACAUCAGAUUUUAAAAUGCAUGUGAGACUGCCAUGUCAAUAAAUGAAAAAACUGUAAAAACCAAUCAAAAUAUUUUGUCUCUCCACGUCACUUUAUUCUCCUUCUGAAUAGAACGUCAAACUAUUUUUUCAUUCUUCUCUUGUUACCUAAAAACUUAAAUACUCAUCUUCUCCCUAAGCAACUUAAGAUAAUAUCAUCGUUAUAAAUGGACUAUUACUACACAUGAUCAAACGUGAAUCAUUAUUAUAACCUCCUCUGUUUUCGUCUUACUUACCUGAGACAUCUUCCUCUUAGAGGCGGAAGAGUUCUUGGCUGGUUGAACAUUAGUGUUUGUGCGCGGUGGCCAUAGACGGUUGUAGACGGCGGAGCAACAGUGGAGAAAUGUUGCAGCUUAGGGACAGUGGAUAAACUUUCGAUGGUCAAAGUUUCUGGACAGUUUCUACUUCAUCUUCUUUCUCAUCUUCGGUCAACCGAAUGUUGCAGCUGAACCCGAAACUGUACGAUCACUUGAGAUGUAAUAUAGGGGAUGGCAAGACCGCUAGCUUCUGGUAUGACUGGUGAACUGACAUUGGCCCCCUCCUGUCUGCUUUCGGGCCUAGAGGUCCAAGAGAUUUACGAAUUCCGGUCAACUCUACUGUCUCCUCGGCCGCGGCACAUGGAGCUUGGAUUCUCCCCUCAGCUCGGUUUGAUGAAGCGCUAACCCUGCAGAUGGUUCUCACAACCAUGCAACCUCCUGAGGAAUCUAGGGGGAAGGACAUCUUCCUGUGGCGGAGUGGGGAUUGGUCCUUCUCGAAAAGGUUCUCUUCUAAAGCAACUUGGAUGACGAUGUUAGAAAGGUUGCCUACUAGAGAUAGGCUCAUCUCCUGGGGAAUGUGUGUCCCAGCAGCUUGUCCCCUGUGCUCCUUAGCAAAUGAAUCGCAUGACCAUUUGUUCUUCAAUUGUGUUUUCUCCACCGCGGUUUGGUCUCAUUAUACUGGAUGGAUGUUCGCUGCAGCUUCGGCCUCUCCUGCAGCUGUUUUGGCUAUUCUUGAUCAGCCUCAUAUUUCCUCUUGCUCAGGUGUUGCGGUUAUACUAAAACUCUUGCUGCAGGUCAUCGUUUACAAUCUCUGGACAGAAAGGAACCAGCGCAUUUUCAGGCAAAGCUCUUCAUCAGAAGCCGCAAUCAUAAGCAAGGUCGAUCGCUCUAUCAAGGACCGCCUUCUGUCUCUGCCUCCACUGCGCGAGGGCUCCAUCUCCUUCCUGCUGUUGUAUCUCACCUCUCGCUCACUGUUUCCGCCUUAGUUUUCUCUACUGUUUUAAGUUCUGUAUGUUUCUUAAUUUCAGCUGUUUCGUUUCUUUCUUCCUCUGUUCCCGUUGUAAUAAGUUGUUCAACAACAACAGUGUAACUCUUUUCAGAAAAUGGUAAGCUUAACAUUUUACCAAAAAAAAAAGAAGGAGAUGCAAUAAAAGAAAGAGACAGCUGUACCCUGAGAACAAAACGAAAAGAGAAAUUAGGUUUGGUUUAGACACUUGGGUGACAAACUUUUUUUUUUCUUUUUUUUUUUUAAAUCGGUUAACUGUUCGGUUUUCAUUAACCGAACUGAUCCUUACUAUUUUGAAAAACGAAAAGAAAUAGCACUUUAAAAUAAUGACUGAAAACUGAAUUCAAUUUUAUAUGUGAUUGGUUUUGUGUACUUAGCGGAGUAAUGAAUCGAAUUAUCCAAAAUCCGGUUCAGUAUAGUCAAUUAUAUGGUCAUUUCUAUUACAACUACAUUUAUAAGAAUGAUUAAACAAGAAACUACACUAUAAAAAAAAUUCAAAGUGAGAGGAAGAGUAAGAAACUAAUUGGUAUAUAACUAUUUUUUCUAUACAUUGUGUUCGUUUGUUAAGAUCUAAAAUCUUUUUACUAAAAUCAUAAUCAUAAAAUAAACAGCGCAAAUGCGUGGGGCAUCAGCUAGUAAUACUAAAAGUUCUACUAAGUUGAUUAUUCGCAUAAAUUGCGUGUUAAUGUACUACUGGGACAAAAGGGGCACGAGAGUUCGCCCUAGCUGGUUCUCUCCCAGGCACGGAGUCCAAGACAGCCGCCGCUCAUCAUACUUCUCCGCCAGAAUGAAGAUCUCUCUCCGGUGCAGCUCCUCCUUCUCUUAACCACGAGCCUCUCCUCCGCUGUUGCAGUCACCUCACAUUCCAUCCCGAAGCUUUUCCUCUUCUCUGUCAAUGGAGUCUCUUGAAGCUGUUUCGUCUGGUUCUCCUCUCCUGCAACCUGAACCUCCAGAUCCGGAUAUCGACGUGAUGCUCCUGGUGGUUCCUCCUGUUCCUCCAGUCCCCCCCGACCCUCCACCGGUUCUCCUAGGUUGUGCGAUUAUCCGCCAGAUCUCGUUGUCUUUCACCACCCCUCACCAUCAGAGAGAACCGGAAGCUCCGUUGCCAUGGUUUCUCUGCGCUUCUACUAGUUUCUCGCUCAAGCUUCUCUGCUCAGAUGCAGAGGCGGGGGUUGUUGAGUUAUUUGUUGCAAGGUUUUUGGGAUUUCUGAUAGCAAAGUGCAAGCUUACCUCCCUUCAUUGCUCAUCAUUUCAAGUUCUCGAGGACUGGACUUCAAAUGGUGAAAUAUUGGAGUUCUCAGUCAAAGCCUAUCCUUCAUUUGAAAUCUCUGGUACAUGUUGUUGGACCCAUCUCCCUUUGCUUCAUGCUUCCGCAAGGUUUAAGCUCUCUGUUAUCUGGACUUCUGCCUUUGUGGCUAUGGAUGCUAAUGUUUCAGGAUUAUCUAUUUUGGGAAGGUGGUUCGCUUUACAGCACUCAAUCUUUCAAAAGAGGUGUUUGGUCGCCUCUGAGGUCGUUGAUGUGUCCUCCACAGUCGGUUAUGUUGAGAACUUCCCGACUUGUUCGGCUAAUGGAAUGUGGAUUGAGAUUUCUGCUCUAAGCACCAAGGCUGUAACGCUGCAGAAAGCUCCUCGCUCAACAGCAUCAUCUGGACUUUCAUGUCUUCAGAUUCUUUCGGACUCUAUUGUCUCCCUCUUUGCCCUGCGCUCAGGGUUGGAUUUGAUUGAGAUUACAGGUUUCUUCAUCGCCAAGAACCUUGUCCCUCUCGUCACUCUGUUUUCAUGUUCUUCUAAACUAUCUACUACCUUAUGUUUAGUUGUUGUUUUCGCAAAGGGUGUUGUCCCCAAACAUUGUUCUUCAAGUACUCUGUUUUGAGUUUAUGAAAUGAAACCGUUGACAAAAAAAA